UGACCCUGUUUGGAGCGCCAUAGUACGAUAGCAUUCAUUCGCUCAGGCCGGUGAGGAAUAAUUCAAUAUAUAAAGAGAGAAAGAGGAAAUCAAAAGGUGCGUUUCUUCUUUCGUAAAGGAUCCAGUUGCGUGCUUAAGAGGGACUGAAAUUAAGUUUAUUGCAUCAGCUAUGUCUGGGAUUCAAUACGACGGAAUGAUGGUCGGGCCGUCACCUAACUCAGUUACUGAAAGACAGCCCGAAAACAGGAGUGAGAGAAGGUUCCACUGGCAGUCUGCUUUGCUUCUGGAAGCUGUACGGCGACAGACGUUCAGCAAUUGGCCGGUGGCUUACAUUGAUCCCGACGAAUUGGCGAAGGCCGGGUUCUUCUACUUGAGAACCGAGGACCACGUCCAGUGUACCUUCUGCCAGGGGAUUGUGGGAUACUGGGACCAAGGCGAUAAACCUGAAGAGGAACAUCGCAAGCACUUCCCCAAUUGCCCUUUCAUCACAGGUGCCGCCACUGGGAAUGUCCCUAGAGCUGGUUCUGAUGAAAAUGAUACUGCUCUAUUUAGCUUCCUCUAUGACUAUUAUACCUUCAGGGUGUCAAGCACAAGGCCACAGCAGUUGAAUACUUCCUACCAAACAGAUUCCAAUAAAAUACCAGAUGGUGGACAACUGGCUUUCCCACAUCUGAACACCGUCUCCAACCGCCUGUCUACUUACACCCGGUGGCCGAGGCACGUCAACGUCGGCCCUGAUGUUUUGGCAGAAGCCGGCUUUUUCUCGACAGGAUUGGCUGACUGGGUUCAGUGCUUCCACUGCGGAGGGGGCCUCUAUGGAUGGCGAUUUGGGGAUAACCCACUCAUGGACCACGCCAGGUUUUACCCAUUUUGCCCCUUUGCGAGAGGAAAGUUGGGUGAUGAUGUCGUCAACACCGCUUUGAAGGAAAAUCCUCCGCCAUUGAGUGGCUCAAGAAAGAUUUCCUUAACAGACGCUGAAGCUGAGUUACUGCUUCAUCAUCCUAUGGCUAAGAGACUCGUGGGAAUGGGUCUGUCCCCAGUGUCGGUGAGGGAGGCCCUAAGGAACCUCCUCGAGAGCCGCGGCAUCCUGUGCAGGACCGUCACCGAGGCCCUGGAGCUCGUUUUUGACUACGAGGAGAAGCAGCGGCGCAAUUCCACCUCUAGUACCAUGAGUCACGAUGGUCCUAUGCUACCAAACGAAGUCGUCAAUGGGCAUCGAGUACCAUGUUCAGCAACAACGCCUUCCAGCCCUUCUUUUUCUACGCUUCCAGCAAUUCGGAAACCAAGCGCCGAUUACACCAGGCUCUUGGAAGAAGUAGAGACCAUGAAAAACCAAGUCCUGAAGGAGGAACGCAGACUUCUGUGCCGCCUGUGUCAGAAAUCGCCAAUCGCCGUGGUUUUCCAACCGUGUUCUCACCUUCAUUUGUGCGCAGAGUGCGCGCGGCCCAGGGACACCUGUCCCACCUGCGGAGCAGUUGUCAGAGGCACCCUGAAGCCCAUAUUAACCUAAGUAAAGCCUUGCAGUCUUCUGUAGAUGAUCGUAACUCCAUUCGGUGCACUGACACUGUAACCGAAGUUUGUCCUUCCGUCCAACCCAGAAAAGCGUUUCAUUGCAAGGGACGAAGAGGCUAUCAAAGAUCUCCGCUUAUGAGACUCUGUCCCAACCAAUAUUGUCCUAAAAGAAAUAUGGUCUUAUCAGACAGAGGUUUACAAUGUCCACGAAAACCUCCGAAGUUCAGAAAAAUGCAAAGCUUCCCAUUAUUACCAGUACUCACCAACUACUAGUCCUUUUACCAAGAGCAUUACCCGGCGUUGUAUUUCCCACCAAAAGAAACGCUGUUUUAAAAUCAAAUUCCUCAUUGCCGCAAAGUUACCCUUACGUAUAACUGCCAUUUCCCUCAAUAACUUUUAUAUAUUGAAAUCCUGUGAACCUUCGUUCUUUCCCAUGCUGAAUGAUUCAAUUAAAAAUUAUAAGAAAAGGCACAAAAAUCUUAAUUACGAUUAUUUAUCUUAUUAUUAUAAUAAAUAAAUUAUAUGAAUUUUAAAGGCAAUGCAGUGGGCUGAAAAUUAACAGGUGCAUCUUAAUUUUAUUGAGGUACAGUAAUUAUUAACUCAAUUCAGGUCUGUCGCUCAAUUGAAAGUGCAACGUAAUUCUUUGUAAAUUAACAGAUCAAUUUCACGGUUCUUAACAUAAUCAUCGUUGCAUUUCAAUAUUGCCAGACCGUUAAGUGUGCUACGCAGUUCUCUGAGAAUUUAAGAAGUCAUUCAUGAAUAUGCAAAAUGCAAACACGAUUAUAACAAAAUUCAGGUUUUUGGAGACGUAGAGCCAAUCUUCCAGAUGGAAACAUAAUAUUGAAAAUAUCUGGUAUCCUGAAGAUUAAAUAAAUAUGCGAAGAAUUAUCGUCAUA